AGAGCAUCUACUCUCUCAAACCCUAAUAUAAGAAUCGCCUCUCUUUUGAUUAGCUUUCCGUUUUUGGCGGGAUAAGCUGAAGGUUUCCCCUAAAACGCCCAAGGUUUUACAGCUACAAUUUUUCUUUUCUUAAUCUGACAUGUUCUAGGGUUUCGUUUCCCUUUUCGGUUUCGUAUUAUUCGGUUGUUGCUGAAUCAACAGAUGUCUCGGUGUUUUCCGUAUCCUCCCCCGGGGUACGUAAAGAACGGAAUCCGCGAUGAGGCACUGAUUGAAUUGAUUAAGAUUAAAAGAGAAGAAGAGAAGGCCAAGAAGGAUAGGAAGAAAGAAAAGAAAGAUAAGAAAGAGAAAAAACGGGAGAAGAAAAAAAGAGACAAGGCCCUGGACAUUGGAGAAACCAAAAGUAAAAAGCAUAGUCAUAAGAAAAGGCAUAAAGACGAGAGCAGCCAAGAAGGUCAAAAAGGAGGAGACUAUCAAAAGAGAAGAGAAAAUGAAGUUGAAUGUUAUGAGAAGAGUACGCUUACUGAAGAACAUGGUUAUGCAGUGGGACCCCAGAACUCCUCCGAUAGCACCCUUAACAGCAGUAAAAGACAGAAGUUGAGCUUGCCCCCUGACAGUGGGCAUAAUUCUGGAAGCAUUAUCCGGAUCCGGUUGCCUUCUCAAAGGCAUAAAGAUCCUGAAGUGCUACCCACCAAGGAGCAGCCUUGCUCUACCACAGGAAAGAUUGAUGAGGCCUUUGUUCAAGAGACGCUUGGAUUGCCUUCUCAAGGGCAUAAAGAUCCUGAAGUGCUACCCAGAAAGGAGCACCUUUGCUCUACCUCAGGAAAGAUAGAUGAGGCCUUUGUUCAAGGGACGCAUGAGCAUGUUCCUGGAACAGGCAGAGAACUGGAAGAACAUCUUUGUUCUACUGCCAAUAUUAGGCUCCCAGAGUUAACUCCCAAGCUCAGCAAAGAAAAACCUUUCUCAUCUUCUGGUGCAUCAGAAAGUGUUGCUCGUAGUGCUCAGGCAUCAUUGUCAACAAGCUUGUGCAGCAGUUGCUCUCCUACACUAGCUUUGGGAUUCAAAAAUCUUGUGGAGGAUUGGGUUGUGCCUACACAGCAGACUGACAUAACCAGUUUUGUUGAUGAGGACUGGCUGUUUCAGAGGAAGCGAAACCUCAACAAUGGGGUCAAAAGCAACAAAGAUGAAAAUAUCGGCUCGAGUCAAAUGAGCUCAACAAGUUGGCCACAUGCUCGCUUCUUGCCCGAUGCUGAUAUAUAUGCUUUACCUUUCAUGGCACCGUUCUGAACUAAACAUGCCGAGCCGAGAAAAAUGCAUGCAAAGUGUGAGAACUAGAAAACGGUUACUCCUUUUGUUCCAGGUGCUGAAAGUGUGAAGAGUUUGUUGCCAGCAUUUCAGCUCCUUUCUUCCGUUUACGUCUAGGAUUAGGACUUAGAUCGAGGACAGAUUUUGUGCGGCGACCUUACUGGCGAAAUGGAUUAAGCCUAUACUUUUUCUUUCAACCUUAUUGGUGUAAAAAAGAAAAGAAUAUAUCAUUGAUGUAUUACAGAAUUCGGUUCUUUCCAGUAACAUGAGUAUUACUCAUUGUUCA